AUGCGGCCCACACUGUUUUGGGCAGCUGCCCUCGUAUGCGAAGCCGCUACGUCCUUUGGCAAGCUGGUGGCCCAUGACAAGAACUUUUACCCGGAUAAUGUUUUACGUGUCACCGCAGAAAACGUCCCUGUCGCUUGCGAGUCUCGACUAAGCGUGCUUGUCAACGGCACUUCACCAGGGCCCGCAAUCCACCUGUCUCCGGGGAAGAUUACCUGGAUCAGGGUAUACAAUGAUCUAGAAGUUUUCAAAUUGACUAUACAUUGGCAUGGCCUUUCCCAGCGAAUGGCGCCUUUCUCGGAUGGCACUCCACAAGCAUCGCAAUGGCCCAUCCCUCCGGGUCACUUCUUCGACUACGAAAUCCAGACUACUCGCGACGAUGCUGGUACAUACUUUUACCACAUAUAUGUGGGGAUGGACGAGGUGUCGGCCUUAGGAGCACUUAUUGUGGAUGAUUUCGGAAAGCCGCCGUAUGACUAUGAUGAGGACCGUUUGCUUAUCUGGAGUGACUAUUUUAAUAAGGCAGACUACAACAUGACGGUUGGUCUGCAAGCGGUACUAUUUACGUGGCCCGGCGAAGUGAACUCCGUCUUGCUCAACGGCGUUGGAGUUGUAAUUAGUCACGAGCCCAAGAACUCCGGUACCUGCGCACUGCCUAUUAUUGAGGUAGAUCCUGGUAAGAAGUACCGUUUUCGCUUCAUUAGUUCGACUGCGCUUUCGUUCCUUAUGAUCGGUUUUGAAGGUCACCAUAAGAUGGCCGUUAUCGGAGCUGAUUCGCGGUAUACUAAGCCCGCCCCGAUCGACCGUAUGCAGAUCGCCUCUGGCUAG